AUGCCAUCCUUCAAAACAUUCCUCCUCCCUAUGGCCCUGCUCGUGGCCAGUUCUAGGGCAGCCACCUGUUCCGGGGAUUGGUUAUCAAACACAUUCAAGGGCGAUACCAAAUGCUGCUAUGGAAACAUGCUAGUUGAAGACCGUGACGCCUUCUGCUGCGUUUACGACCUGAACCCGACCGUGGAAACUAGCAGCGCUUCGGCCGUGACUACGACAAGCGAUGACUAUGACAGUUGGUCCACUGCAGGCGAAUGCUUCACAAAGGUCCCCUUCAGCGCGAGCGACUACUCGGAUCUAGUUUCUUCGGCCUCGUCGAAGAUUGCGGCUACUAGAGCGACGGUUGCGACGAAUGAGGCCAAUCCUACAAGUUCGAGUGCUAGCACGGCCUCAUCAGGUGCGAGCUCAGUUGCCAGCAGUACCAGCUCCCAAACGAGCUCAGGAUCUGCCGCUGCUACCAGCAAUGCCGCUAUGCCGAUUGCUACUGCUCAAGAGAUGGUCCUUGGUGGUGCAGCGGUAGUCGUUGGUCUUUUCAUGCUGUGA